UCUUAUCUCUGAGAAUGGGAGGAAGUGGAUCCAAAGCCAAAGGUGUCUGGCCUUUCUCAGGCAGUGGAGCUGGAGGGGAUUCAGCCAGUGAUGGGAACGAGCAGUCUGUGGCCCGCCUCAAAGGUUCCAGAAGUGCCACACAGUUUGUUUUUACCAGGAGGAGUUCUUUGUACUAUGACGAGGACGGCGACCUUGCUCAUGAGUUCUACGAAGAGACCGUGGUGACAAAAAACGGCAGAAAAAAGUCCAAGUUGAAGAGGAUUCAAAAAAAUCUGAUUCCACAGGGAGUUGUGAAGCUUGACCACCCCUGUAUACAUGUAGAUUUCCCCGUAGUCCUCAGUGAGGUGUGAAAAGUUGCACUGGACUGAUCCACUAUGAAGUGCAGCAACAGGAAGUCUUCCCGGAGCAAAGUUUUGUCCCAGUGUCAGAGCAUCAAAGUCAAGACUGGAGCCGUGGUCCGGACAGCAAAAGGAAAAAUCAAGCUGUCGUCUAAAACUGAUAUAUUGAAUGAAAUGUUAUACAUUUGAAUUCAACUUCGGUCAGAGAGUUCCCUGUUCACAAAAAUCCAUAUUUUGAUAUUCACAGAAGUAGUGUUGGUUCAGGUUGUGUGUCCACUACCCAGCUGAUAUGUAAGCAGUCUUAGAGAAUACAUCAAUGAAGAUGUAUUUCUCUUGUGAGUUCUUUUGCAGGGAAAAACAUCCUUGAUGUGAAAAAAGGCUUUAACGGUGUAUGCCUUCUGUGAGACGUAGAGUGAAACUGUAUGUGUACAUGUGUGCACUUAGGUUUGUUUGUUUGCGUGUGUGUGAGAGAGACAGGAACGAAAGAUGUAGUUACAGGGUAGAAUAAUGGAUUGUGAAAUUUAUUAUAUAUAUAUAUAUAUAUGGUCAUGUUCUGUAUUGUCACGUCUGAGUCUGUCUCAGUAACCGGAGCUCAGACCUGCACUAGUGAACAUAAUGUACUGUAAAUAAUAUCAGAUUUCUUAGUUGGAAUUACUUGAAUAAAUGGUUUACUGAGCUGAA